GUUGAUGUUGAUGCAUUAAUGUUUGGACUAUGAACUUAGUCUCUUAUUUUUCUUUUAACUUUUAUUAUAUUUGUUCUGAAUUCUCCUAAACAAAACAUGUCUCAAUCGCAAAGAGCGGCUGUAAUCAAUCUCUACAAAACGCUGUUGUACCUGGGCCGCGAUUGGCCUCAAGGCUACGAUCUGUUUCGAAAACGACUGCACAAAGUGUUCACCAAGAACAGCAACGAAACGGACCCGGCUAAGAUCGACAUGAUGAUAAAACAUGGACACUACGUUGUAAAGGAAAUAGAGGCUUUGUAUAUGCUAAAAAAAUACCGUACAAUGAAACGAAGAUAUUAUGAUGGUAAAUUCUUCUAAAAUGUAGUUACCAUUAGGCACCAGAGUAAAAUACUAUAUUUGUAAUG